AUGCACAAAUCCCAACAGGUCAACCACUGGGCACCUUGCGAUGCAACUCGCCGUGUGGCCGGCAAACAGGCAAAACGGAGCCCCUGGGAGAAACCUCUGCUGAUGCAGGAGCCGUCGGGCAGCGCUGUCCUGACAGGAGAGCAGCGCUCUGUCCUCAGCGCCCUGGCGGGCCGUUGCCUCGGGGGGGCCCUGGCACCAGGGAGGAGGUCGUCGGUGGUGGAUGAGUCAUGCCACUCUUUGCUGUCCCACUCGGACAUCAGCUACGACCGCACCGAGGACGAUGUGGUUGUUGACGUGACAGUGGUGAAGACCCUGAAGCGCAAAGCUCAGGAGAGACAGCGUGCGUCCCUGGCCCCUCAGAUCGGCCCCGUGGUAGUGGCAAAGCGGCACCGUCCUUCUGUGGCACCCCCCAAUGCUGCUGCCGCCGCAGACAUCCCGGACGAGGCCGCCUGCGGCACGGCCCUGUGCCGCCUGGUGAGCGAGCUGCCCCCGGCCAACAGGGACACCCUGGCCUUCCUCAUGCUGCACCUGCUCAGGGUGUCCCGCAGCCCCGAAUGCAGGAUGGACGUGCUGAACCUGUCGCGCGUGUUUGGGCCCACGCUGGUGGGGCACAGCUCGGCCAACCCCACGCCGCUCACUAUCAUGGAGGACACGCCGCGGCAGUGUAAGGUGGUGGCUCAGCUCCUCUCGCUGCCACCCGACUUCUGGAGACGCUUCGUGGGGAUGGAGCAGGAGAACCCAGCGCCGUUGCCAGCCAGCACCCCGGCCCCAGAUGGCACCCCAGGGAGCGAACGUGAGCAGCUCUUCUGCCCCAUCACCUCCCCAGAGUCCAACUCUGGCCAGCUGAGCCCUGCUGGGACCUGCUGCCUCCCCAGCACGCUGCGGAGCUGCGUGGGCACGGCUGCCCAGCCACCGCAGGGCCCUGCCCCGAGGAACGUGGGUUGGUUCUUCCCUUCCCUGGUGUAGCUGUUGGCAGCAGCUCCCCAGGGGGGUGGAGCAGUGAUGGAGGAGGAGCGAAGCCUGCAGGACCAGGCAGCUGCCCUGGGCUUGCUCAAGGGCCCGUAGGCCCAUGGUGCUGGGUGGUGGCAACGGUGUUGAGCUCUGGGCCCUGCUCAGCUUCCUCGGGUGCUCCUGCAGCCUUGUGCUUGGGGAGGGGGGAGCAGGGCCCGGCUCUCUGCCCAGCUGGGGUGUUGGGGAUGCUGGCUGAGCACUGUAC